CCUCCAUUGCGAGCAACUUCUUCUUCUACGACUGAUCAUACGCGAAAGACACAUACAAGUGACCGGUCAUUCAACUUCAAGCGCAACAAAAUAAAUAAACUCCCGAAAUGGCUCACACGGCGCAGACCGCCGACCUGAGCGUUCCCGCGCUCUUCGAUUUCCGCGAGCAUGUCGUCGUAAUUACAGGCGGUGCUACUGGUCUCGGUGAGAUGGCGGCGCAGGCGUUUGUGCAGAAUGGCGCAAAAGUAAUCAUUGCCAGCCGAAAGCAGGCCGAGUUGGAGAAGACCGCAUCACGGCUUAGCAAGCUCGGUCCGGGAUCGUGCGAUUACGUCGUCGCCGAUCUGAAGAACAAGGCGGGAUGCUUGCACUUGAGCGCUGAAGUCGCGAAGAAGACUGAUCGGGUCACUGUUUUGAUCAACAAUUCAGGCGCUACUUGGGGAGCUAAAUACGAUGAUUUCCCCGAGGACGGCUGGGACAAGAUCAUGAACCUCAACGUCAAAGCAAUGUUCUAUGUCACUGUCGGCCUACACUCCCUCCUGACCAACGGCGCUACCGCGGACAGUCCAAGCCGGGUGAUCAACAUCUCCAGCAUGGCAGGUAUCAAGACCAACGACCCCACCGCCGGCGCAGGCGGAGGUCUCGCCGCUGCAGGCAGCGGUACCUAUAGCUACGGCCCCAGCAAGGCCGCAGCAAUCCACCUGUCACGCCAGCAGGCCAGCAAGCUGAUGUCGCAACACGUCACCGUGAACUGCAUCUGCCCGGGCGUCUUCCCCAGUCAAAUGACGGCUUUCGGAUUACAGAAGGCGAACGACCUGCUCGUGAGUGUCCACCCCAGCGGGCGCAUCGGUAAAGCGGAGGAUUUCGCUGGAACCGUCCUCUUUGUGGCGUCAAGGGCCGCAGCGCACAUGACGGCGAAUGUGAUUGAACUCGAUGGCGGGUCGACGAGAAGCGGAUUCUCGCGCGCGCCCAAGCAGGCGAAAAUCUGAUCUGAUGUCAUAUAGCUGUGGUAGAUAUGGAAUGACGAUCUGAACGAGCCAUAUCCCCAUCUCACGGGGUUUUCCUUGUGUGCCGCUCUUCUUGCCGCACAAUUUGCGCAGAAAAGUAUUCUCGGUCGACUGCCGUCGGGCGGGUUGUGUGUUUCGAACAUCAUACGUCGAUAGUCGUUCUGGGACUUUUCCCGAGCACUCAGAUUGCUUGCUCGACCCUCCUCUGGCAUCUCUCUUCCCAUUUCUUCAAGCUACUUUGGAGUUUGGUAUCGACCUCACACUCUGCUGACACCACGCGGCAUAAACUUCUGAGCUUUGAGAAUUCUUUUAGAAAGUACAAUUCCCCAGCC